CGUAUCCUCUUCCGCAAACAGCCUCCGUCUCGACACAACUCUCACAUCAGCUAUCUGCUCUCCUCAAUCUCCCAGGUCAGCCAUAUACCGCCACUGCUUCCCCGUUGUGAUACUCAAACCCUUGGUUCCAGCCGGCCACGCGUGGUCGGAUUUGUCCGCCGAGCGCUGUUAAUCAGGAAGCGUGGGUACUGGUUGAUUGAUUACCCUAAGGAAUUUGCUUGGGAGACAUUGAAUUUGAGAGUUAAGUUAGAAAAUGGCACAUAGAUUACUGCGAGAUGUUGAAGCUGAUGGAUGGGAACGUUCAGACUUCCCUAUAAUCUGUGAGUCUUGUCUUGGGGACAACCCGUAUGUCCGAAUGACAAAAGCUCAAUUUGAUAAAGAGUGCAAGAUAUGUACUCGUCCAUUCACAGUUUUUAGGUGGAGGCCUGGCCGUGAUGCAAGAUAUAAAAAAACUGAGAUUUGCCAGACAUGCUGCAAGUUGAAAAAUGUCUGUCAAGUCUGCCUUCUGGAUCUGGAGUAUGGCUUGCCUGUGCAGGUUCGGGAUACUGCCCUGAGCAUCAAUGCAAAUGACUCUAUUCCAAAGAGUGAUGUAAACAGGGAGUUUUUUGCUGAGGAGCACGAUCGCAAGUUGUCGCAGGCCAGAGCUGGGAUUGAUUAUGAAUCUUCUUACGGGAAGGUUAGGCCAAAUGACACUAUUAUGAAGCUUCAAAGAACUUCACCGUACUACAAAAGAAACCGAGCGCAUGUGUGCAGUUUCUUCAUCAGGGGUGAGUGCACACGUGGUGCCGAAUGUCCUUACAGGCACGAAAUGCCUGUAACUGGGGAGUUAUCGCAGCAAAAUAUAAAAGAUCGUUACUAUGGAGUUAAUGAUCCAGUGGCAAUGAAACUACUUAACAAGGCUGGUGAAAUGCCGUCACUGGAACCCCCCGAGGACGAAAGCAUUAGAACUCUGUACGUUGGGGGUCUUGAUGCCAGGAUAACCGAGCAGGAUCUAAGAGACAAUUUCUAUGCACACGGCGAGAUUGAAUCCGUAAAGAUGGUGACUCAAAGAGCGAUUGCCUUUGUGACAUACACAUCUAGAGAAGGAGCGGAGAAGGCUGCGGAAGAACUGUCGAACAAACUAGUAAUCAAGGGUCUGAGGCUGAAGCUCAUGUGGGGAAGACCUCAGGCACCAAAACAGGAUCAUGAAAUCUCAGAGGAAGCAAGGCAACAGGCCCUCAUGGCUCACGGCGGGAUGCUUCCCCGUGCUUUGGUAUCCCAACAACAGAACCACCCGCCUGGUACUGCUGCUCCAGAUCAGCCGCCUCAACCGAUGCAGUACUUCAACAUUCCACUUCCUCCACAGCAGCAAGAAAGAGCGUUCUACCCAUCCAUGGAUCCCCAGAGAAUGGGUGCUGUAAUUCCGUCUCAGGAUGGAGGCGCUUCAAGUAGUUCAGCAGGUGAGAACAAACCCGGUGGAGAGCAGCAACUGCAACCUCAUCAUCAUUACCCUUAUCAGGGAAGGGCUCGACCUCCGCCUCCUCAUGCCCCACACGGGCAGUUCCACCAGCAACACCAUUAUCCACCUCCUCCGUACGGGUACAUGCAGCCGCCGCCACAACAGUAUCAGCAGUAUCCUCCGGCAGCAGGAUAUCCGUCAGGAAUGCCUCCACCACCGCAGCAGCCAAGCCAGCAAUACCAACAUUUUCCGGCUCCACCACCUCCAAGGCCCGCUGCAGCUCCAGAGUCAUCGUCGUCAUCAAGUGCACCUGCUCCACAAUCAAAUCAGUGAAAGGUUUGGGUCAAAUUAUGGAUAUGUGUCAAAGCUGGAAGCCGUCUCUUGCUCUGAUUGUGUUGUUAUUUUACAGUCUGGAUGUGAAAGUUUAGAAAUGAAGGAAACCUAGACUAAACAUGCUAAACAGGAACGAUGGGGAAGGCUGUGGACGGUGUUGUGAUUCACGAUUUUUGCCUUUAUAUGCUGCCUUCGUCUGUGUUUACGGUAACGAUUGAUUUGAGAUGCACACGAUAAUGUGUUUUCUUUAUUCAGAUAAGAAGAAACGAGCCACGCAUACACAAAACAGAACAGGAAAUUAGAAAGAAACAACAUACAACCAAUAAGCUGCAAAACUCAUGGUCGUAGUACGUCGUCUCUGGGGCAUGCGUGGUCCCGAGUACAGACUCUCCUCUUAUUAUUACAGUUACUUUUAUCAUACUCGUAAGCAUGUAUGAUUAUUCAUGGUAAAAGGGUUCGAUGACGAACUCAAAACCAGGCGGCUUGUCGACGGCCGAACUGGCAGCUGGUGGGCUCGGUCCUGCACUGUCCGGGGAGCGACUCCGCCACGCGCCAGGCGGACUGCCUGUCCUGCUCGCGCAUCUGGCUGCGCGGGAUCUGCUGGAUGGCCUGCUCCAGCCCCUGGCAGGUGCACUGCCUGUCCAGCUGCCUCAGCUGCUGGCAGCAGUCCUCGAAGUGCUCCUGUCCCUGCUGGUGCGGGUUGAUGGCGAAUUCGUCGUAAACGUCGUCUCGGCGUCCGCCACCUCCCCCCUGCCUCUGGGCCUGCUGGAUGAUGUGCUGCUGGCAGUGCCACAGGUUCUGUUGCUGCUCGAUCUGCUCCCUGCAUUCCCCGCCCUGGCCGUGUUGUCCCCCCUUACCGCGCUGGUUGGAGAAGUCGUCGUCGAUGAUGACGGUGGUGCGGAUGGUGGCCUCGGCGGCCACCAGGAAGAGGAGGAAAGCCGCCGCUGCGAGAGUAGGACUCAGCCUUGCCAUUGUGAGAAACUGUUUGUUUGGAUUGGAUGAGAGUCGAUUGCUGUGGGUGUAAGCGGCGGUGGGUUUUCGCGGAGGAGGUUUGGUGGGGUUUAUAUAGUGGAGAUGAGGGGUUUGCAUGUGGAGUACGUGUUGGUGGAGGUGGGAGUAGGUUUGUGGAUUAUGGACGACACGUUGGUUUUUGUGGGAUUACACGUAUUGGUGUACAUGCAUAUGCGGCCAUGUUUGUUGAAAUGAAUUGUACAGUGGGUAGCUGGGAUGGGUGCCAAAUUGAAGUGGAUUUUAGCAGUGUACAUUUUUUAUCGUGACAAGUGGUCAACAAUUCAUAUAUUGCAGAUGAGGCAUCGAUGACCAUGGUGGUGGUGGCCUCGGUGGUUGGUUGCCACCUGGAGGAGCAAAUUAGCUUCCGCUUCUAUAGAUUCAGAGAAGGUUAUUC